AUGGUGGCAGUCAAUAAAAGCAUACAUUCCCAAGAGAUUAUUUAUGACUCGCCAAUCGAGAGCCUUUUUAUCUCUCUACCCGUUCAUAAACUGAUAUUUAACUGUGUCUAUAUCCCUCCUGGGCAGCCUGCAUCUACUUAUUAUACUUACUGCAGUUCAGUAGACGAAAUUGUAUCGUCUUCGCCGUCAUCUUCUCUUAUAUUGGCGGGUGACUUCAACGUCCCCUCCUAUGAUAUCCCCAUCUCCGACCAAAACGCUGCGGACAGAACUAAAGGGGAGCUUCUUGAGAACCUUGUCGAGUUGCACUCCUUGGAUCAGGUUAAUCACAUGCGGAACUUCAGACAAGUCACUUUGGAUCUAAUAUUUAGCAGCAUAAAAUUUGUCUCCGUGGUUGCUGCUGAUGAUUGUCUGGUUCAGGCCGAUCCCCACCAUCCCCCUUUGGCCUUUUCCGUUCCAAUUGGACGAAGGACUCUUCCUGCUAGAUAUUUCACCUGCCCCAACCUGCGCAAGUGUGACUUGAAUGCUGCUUCUGAGAUGCUUUCAGCGGAGGAUCUCUCCUUCGUCUAUGCUACAACCAACGUCCAAGACAGCUUCGGAGGAUUGGUUUCAUUGCUUGGUGAUAUUUGUGUUAAAUGCAGCCCUCUUAAACGACUGGGAACCUCACCCUUCCCAAAAUGGUUUUCCAGGGAGCUCAUUAACCUGGUGAUACAAAAGAAGAUUGCGCACAAACUUUAUAAACUUACCUAUCUACCAACGGACUACACUCGCUUCUGUAUACUGCGUGAGGCUUGCAAGAACCUUAGUCGUAGAUGCCGCAUGGAUUAUCUGAGCCAUAUUGAAGAUUCCAUCCCGCACAAUCCCAACAGCUUUUGGAGUUUUGUCCGCACUUCUACUGAAUCUCUCGGAGUCCCUUCUACUGUCACACUUAGUGGACGCACUUCAUUGGACCUGCAGGAUAAAGCAAAUAUGUUUUCAGAAUUCUUUUCUUCUGUCUUCUCCCAGCCAGUAACUUCAGCUCCACACUUCGAUUUCAACACACACUCUUCUUUGGCGGCUAUAUCUUUCUCUGCUUCGGAGGUCUUAGAGGUCUUGAGGAAACUUGAUGUUAUGAGGGGUGCUGGCCCUGACAACGUACCACCAUCAUUUUUGUAUCACUGCAAAGACAUCUUAGUUCAACCCCUGACCACUAUGUUUAACCUAUCUCUACUGCAAUGGAAUAUUUCCUGA